AAGUUUUGAUAGAAACAGGAUUAUAGAUAUUGUAACCAUGGCAACAGGAUGUCAGCAGCUUGUCCCAGAGUGUAUCUGGUCUUGUGUGUUAUUGGUAGACAGGGAAUAACAGAGUGGAAUCUACAUACAUGUCCCAGUUUGUCACAAACUUGACUAACUUCACCACAAGUCCCUGUUGUCCCUGCUGACUUGAAGUCUUGGAGGAGUUUUGUUUCAUGUGUGAAUUAUUGGAGGAAACUGGUUGAACUCAUUGGCUUGACAUCCAUUUUGUUGGAAAGUUCCAUUCUUGAAUGUGCAUCUAUAGAGAGUUGCUUGCAUCCAGGAUAGAAGAGACUGUUUCCCUCCCAGGAGGCUCUACCCAGUGAUUAUUUGGGUGUUGUACACAACAUGCUAUUUGUGCUUAGUCAUCAGUUGUAUCUGUGAACUAGCAUUGAGUUCAACAUCAGUUUAAGCUUUGUGACUGAUUACAUUUGGAAAAAAGCCUUUUCAAAUGUUGGGUAGAUAUUAGGCAAUCUUUGUCUGGACUUUUGCCAUUUUUGCUUUCUUGAAUGUUGUGAGCUUGUCAGCACAUUGAUCUGAGUAUGGUUCUGACAGGGACCAUUUAGCAAGUUGACAAGAACUGGCUGUACUGAUAAAGUGUCCAUCCCAGCUCUCACCACUUUAUGGUGGGGCCACAGCACAUGUUUACAGAUUUCUGGAGAGAUAAGUCCUCUCUGCUGUGAUUUGCAUCCAUCAAAUACCAUAAUGGACCAGCCUGAUUCUCACAUGCAGAUAUGAGAGUUAUGAGGCAAACAGUUGUUCCCUAGCACUGUGAUGUGCUCAUUUCCCACACUGUUUUAGACACCACAACACUGAGGCCGAGUCUCCUCAUCACUGACUAGACCACGUGGGAACUACCCUCAAUAUUGUCAUCUCAGGCCUACAUUCUGUUAUCAUCAUCCCCUUGUAUGUGUGGUACAUGGAUGUAGACUACAAACAAAGGGAGGAUUGGCUGGAGGUGUCACACAGUCACCUGUAGCCCACAAACGCCUGUAUGGAUUGAUAUUGCUGCAAAUACCCUGAAAGAUGAUGAAGCAUGUUAAUUUUGAGACUUGUUUAUAUUGUGUAAGACUGACUGCUUUAGUACAGUGAGAGUGUGUGGAGAAGGAACAUGUUUACACAUAUCCUGGUUGUGGGAACAGACAAACACGCCUCAUCCUAAGUCGCUGUGCCAAGGGAAAAGUAAAAUUUACUACUUUGUGUGUGAGCCAUUUGACUGUACCACAUCAGGGCAAGAUGACACAGAUCCUGCCGAUAUCCGCCUUCCUGGAAAACCUCACAAUGGUGAAGCGGUCGCGACUUGAUAACGAAUCUGAGUUGGUCGACAACACCAGUCCUGUGGUGUCAGCAGCAUCCAGGUUAGUGGAUCUGCAGCCCCUGUCUAGCAGUCCAGGCAGCAGCUCACACCUUGACAGUGCCACCAACUCCCCUCUCAACCAAGUACAGGCGCAGGCUCAAGCACAGGCUCAAGCACAAGCUCAGGCUCAAGCACAAGCUCAGGCUCAAGCACAAGCUCAGGCCCUCACUGACACUCUCAACACAAAUGGCACUGCUGAGGGCAGCUUGGUCCUGCCCGUGUCAGAUGGGACGACUUACACCAACCCAAACUCUUGGGUGAUUAGCAACCCUGUCAAUACAUCCUCAUUGAUUGUAAAGAGUGAACCCUCCACAGAGAACAGCUCGUCUGAGUCUCCCUUCACGGCAAGCACAGCCAGUGAUAAUCUGGACACUUUCACAGCUGAUCCAAACAAGGCUUCUCCAACUUUCCAGAAUUCUACAUAUCCAGCCAACUUUUAUAAAACUGCUGGCCAGUUUGCUCAAAUCCUUACAACAUCAGCAGCGGCUGAGGUGAACAGCAUCAUCACAACAGCCUCCACACAGGACACUGCUGCCACUGUUGCUGCUGUCGCUGCUGCUGCCACAACUGCCACCACAGAAAACAACAUGGCCUACGUCGGUGGGCAAAGUUCAAAUUCUUUUAUUCCAUCAACGGGGUACCCGUAUCAGGGUGGCCAGAACCCUUACAGCAUGCUGCCUUCUGCCUACGGGACUGAGUUGGGGAAACUUAAAACCCAGCCCAGCCAAGUCGUGUCGCCUCCUAGCUAUAUGGCAGGAUAUAAUGCUUUAAAUCAACCAAGCCAAAGCUAUUAUGGCCCUAAUACAAAUAUCCCUUACACAAACACAGCGGGAAGUUUUACCUCACAAACGGCCAUAGAUGGGUACUAUUCUGGUUAUGGCACAACAAGUACAGGCUUCUAUCCCCAGUACCCCUACAACAUCCCCACAACGUCAGUGUCCACUGCCUCCACAGUGCCUUCUACACAGACAUAUCAACUCAUUGAUGUCCCCAAUACCACCACCACAGUCUCAACAAAGUGUGCCAAUGGACUGUAUCAUCUGCAUGGGCACCAAAUAGACAGUUUACGCCAGUUGUCUAGUGAACACAGUGACCAACAACUCACACCUAGUGUGCAUGAAGCAGCAGAGAGUCAAUAUAACAUAACAAGUCCAUCCCCACCUUUGAAACAAGAGAAUGGUAGCACAGGCAAGAGAGUACCGAGAAACCGUGGGCGGCGAACUCAGCCCUCUCCGGGGCCAGAGUCGGACUUAGAGAGAGUUUUUGUAUGGGAUUUAGACGAAACAAUAAUUAUCUUUCACUCGCUGCUAACUGGGUCUUAUGCACAGAGAUAUGGCAAGGACCCCCCUGCUAGUGUGUCGUUAGGAUUACGCAUGGAGGAGAUGAUUUUCAAUCUAGCUGACACGCAUUUGUUCUUUAAUGAUUUAGAGGAAUGUGACCAGGUUCAUAUAGAUGACGUUUCUUCUGACGACAAUGGACAAGACCUAAGCAAUUAUAAUUUUGCCACUGAUGGUUUCCAUGCGGCGGCAAGCAAUGCGAACCUGUGUCUGGCAACGGGCGUGCGGGGAGGGGUGGACUGGAUGAGAAAGCUGGCCUUCAGAUACAGGCGCAUUAAGGAGAUCUACAACAGCUAUAGGAACAAUGUUGGAGGUUUGUUGGGUCCCCAGAAGAGAGAUCCAUGGCUGCAGCUGCGACAGGAGAUUGAGAGUUUAACCGACAACUGGCUCACCCUGGCUCUCAAGUCUCUCUCUAUCAUCAGCUCUAGAAAUAACUGUGUGAACGUUCUGGUUACGACGACGCAGCUUGUGCCAGCCUUGGCCAAAGUUCUAUUGUAUGGUCUGGGGGGUGUAUUCAACAUUGAAAAUGUCUACAGUGCAACAAAAAUAGGUAAAGAGAGCUGUUUUGAGCGGAUCAUCUCGCGGUUUGGCAGGAAGUGCACUUAUGUUGUUGUGGGCGAUGGUCGGGAUGAGGAGUCGGCAGCCAAACAGGUAAUGAACUGGCCUUUCUGGAGGAUAUCCAACCAUUCCGAUCUUGCAGCCCUUCACCAUGCACUGGAUCUAAGCUACCUCUAGACUCCCACGAGUGUUAUAGCCACUAUAUAAUACAUCUUUUGAUUGGUUCUCUGAGAUUACUGUCCAGUGACAGACGAAGCGCCACAAGGCGGUGAAUGAGUGAGCACACAUCCCAUAAUAUACUCAUGAUUGUGCAGUGAUACUCGUGUGCCCACAAGCAGUGACUGACUUACUCAAAGGGAUAGCCAGAUCUGGAGCAGGACUCUCUCUAUAUGACCUGAUGACAAAUGGAUGCUUCAGAAUCUGGCCUACUCAUUUCCGGGUAUUGUUGUGAUAUCCGUUACCCUGACAAUCAGGAGAGAGAAGAGAGGACUAUAAUGGCAGACUGCACCUUGUGCAGAAUCACCUACUCACAGUUUCUCCUUGUUUGAGAAUGAUGACUGUAUUUAUUACUGCAUGUUGAACUAAAGGGAUCAAACUAUAAGACGAUCGCACAAACUGAGCAUUAUCGCAUAUUGGUUUCUGCACGUUGGACCUCCAACACGCCUGGCUGCUGACAGCAGGAUGGAUGUAUUGACAGUGCGUGAUGCAGACAUUUGACACAGUGCUAUGAGGACUAUCAAGUCCUGUUUACCCACACAAAUGAAUAGAAUCCAGAAAGAAAGUUCACUUUGAAAACAAUAAAUUCACAAAGAACCUUAUGCCUUAGGAAAAUCAUUCCCAGAGAAUUUGUUGAAAGCCGAGAUUUUAUUUUGGUGCUGAUCUUGAGACUGUGACCUUGACCUUGUUCUUUGUGUGCGUGUGCAUGUUGCGUUACAAUAACGUUGGCUUGUAGCGGACAUAGUGGCAUUGACCAAUGAAAAUGUCUGCAAGAAAAAUACACUCACAGAAGAGAGAUGGCUUUCUGAAUUCUGGCAUGCAAAAUGUGCCGGUCUCUAGCAGAUUGAGAGUGUAGGUCUGUUGCCCCAGGCAACGGUGUAUACCUCCUCCCUCACACGCGGACCUGCCAUCAUGAUUUGUUUAUUUUGUGUAGGUAGCCUCAUUGGAAUCAGUGUUGAGUGUUGUGUUUUCCUUGUUUUAAUCCAGUCUUAAAACUUGUAAUCUGGACAAAUGUGAUUUCAAACACCAAUCCUAGCAUUCCAAUAAAAAUGAUCUAAUUUUUCCAUCAUUGAAAGCGCUCCUCCCUUUUAAUCCACCCUUCCUUGUAACAGCGUCCGUCACUUUGAGUGUAGUGUUUCCAGUGGGCUUUAGUAUUAAUGUUUUGUUCCAUUAUGUGUCCAGUGUUGACAUUACUGCAGUAUAUUUGUGAGAGAGGAGGUAUAGGUUUGCCACCCAUGUUAUAUACAUACAUACAUAUAUAUAUAUAUAUAUAUAUAUUGCCAUUGGAAGAGACUUUGUGUGAUGUACAGUUCCAUUAACUGAAGACCUUCUCCUACCAUAUCGACGGACUUACAAGACUGUCCAUAUGUCCUGGACACAAACUACCUGUGUGUAUUCUUAUAAUGGUUUUCUAUUGUGUGCCACACAGUUUAUAUCAAAGAUGAAACUAGAUUUUGUGAUGAAGGUUUUAGGUAGCCUCCCUAUAUUCCAGUGUGGAGUGGACAUGUGAUGCUCCUGCAUGAGGUGAAAGUGAACUGUCUUCAUAUCACCGUGAUCAUUACGUGUCAGUCAGUGCUCACUUCAAGUCAGACUGAAGGUUACUCAAAGCUUUAAUUGUCAUUACAAAUAUGUUUUAUAAUGCUUCAUUUUAAUACUUUUUAAACUCAUUUUAUUUAUCAAUUGGAAAAAACAGCUUUAACAUGAGUUUUUGGUAGUAUCAUCAAGCCGUCAGUCCUUUUAAAGGAACUUGUGAGAGAAAAUAUGUUUAAUAAAUGUUAAUACUUAAUUUGAAAUUAAGUUAAGUCAUUUAAAUGUUGUAUUUGAUAUAGGUAUGUUAUUGUUAUUGAUCUAAGAGGGAACAUUUUGUAAAAUGUGUGCAGGGAAAGCCUUUAAAACUAUUAAGUUUAACAUCCUACUAAGUGUGAAAGAUUUGUAGCUAACACUAUAACUGGGACAAGUGAAUUGGGCAAAAAGUCUUUUCACGCAACUAUUCCUAAAUUCUAAUUCAUGUGUGACAUUUCUACAGUGUAGUAAAAUGGGUGUAUGCUUUCCUUGUAUUUUGGAUCCAUACGGGAACAGAGAAACAUUUCCAUUAAGGGAAAACUCAGACUUUUAGGCUGGCCUGGGGGUGUUGUUUGUUUGAGGUUUGGGGGAAGAGAAUAAAUCUGUGUCAUGUCAACAACUGCUUUGAGUGACAUUUGUCAACAGUCAUCAAAAGGAAAAGGAUUUCUAAUCUUUUAUAUGCGAGUUGAGUGUAAUGAGACAAACCACAGUGUUAAGUAGAUGAGUUUUAUAGCCACUUCUUUUAUCAUUGAUGCCACAAGAUAUUUAAAGUUUAACUUUUAAGCAAAUGACAUAUUUGAAAAUGUGCAAUAUUAUCAUUUUAGAUACAAAACGAGUGUUAGCAUCAUAGUGGAUAGAUCAUGCAUUCAUUUCAUGCAUUUGUAAUUAGAUGUCACUAUCAUUCUACAGUGUAUGCAGCAGAUACUUGAGACAUAUUCCCACAGCAGUUGGGCAAUCCACUGUUAUUUAUGUACAAACAAUUUAAUGCAUAAUGAUUGUUUACAUCAUACAUCCACUGUCAUUCAGACUGACUGUACAUGACGUUUGUGAAAUGCACAAAUCUCAUUAUCACAAACAGUAUUAAUUGUUUGAUUUUUGUUGAUGCUUAGUAAAUUAUUCAUGGGACUUGCCAUUGAAGUUUAUUUUGAAAUCUUGAUACACCUUUGAAAGUGAAAUAAACUCUUAUUAUAUAAAAAUAUUGUUUCCCAGAUUGCAGUGAUUACAUGGUAUAAUGUGGAAAGAAAUACUGGCUUCUGAAACUAAGAAGAGUGUUUACCAUCGCAUAAUGUCAAGAGGUGCAACUUGAGACAAACCCAGUCCUUCUACUAACAGCAUAGUAACCACUGUGACUUGACCACAAUCUCCACUGGUGUAUUUCUGUGUAACAAGUAUCAUUAACAAUGUAUAGUUUAACUGGAAUAUCUUCAAAACUCAUAACCUCAUCCACCUUCAGGUAUGAUGUGAUGCUCUCGUCAGAAUCACUGUACCUGGAGGGCGUCACAUGACCUGUAGUCCCAGGCAGCGACAAGACAAUCAUUUGCAGGAAUCGUGUAGCCUAUUUUCUAUGUGUCAGUCUGCAGCUGGCUGACUGUGUCCUGUACUGUCCUGUACCAUGUCAGCCCAUGGUAAGAGUAAAAUUUUACUGUCAUUUGGUUUAUUGGAUGUUUGAGAUCCAGGGGCUGUCUUAAUCAUAAAUGGGUGCCAUUUUCCACUUAGAUGAAGUAUUGUAUAAAUAAAAGAUAUCAGGAUAUAUA